CUGACGCCGGGGCGGCUGGCGUGAUGAGGUCACGACGCAGUGGGCAGGCUGGCGAGAUCGCAACGUUCGCCGAGGGUCGCGGGGUGACGGUUGAGGAGGAACUCCGUAUGGUCGGCCAUGGGUAGCCGAAUCGAGUGCGUGUUUUUCAGCGAGUUUCACCCGACCCUCGGGCCGAAAAUCACCUUCCAGGUACCGAGGAUUGGCAGCAAGCAGGCCGGCGACGACCACUCGUGGGGUGGCCUCCUGACGUGCCUGAAGAGUACAUUUCAAGGGAGCUAUUUGAUACAGUCCAGCACUUCUAUGGAUAAGAAACUAAUUGGCUGCCCUGUGUGCAUAGAACACAAGAAGUAUGUCCGCAAUGCAUUACUCUUCAAUCUGGGCUUUGUUUGUGACGCAAAAGCGAAGACUUGCUCUUUGGAACCAAUUGUUAAAAAGCUGGCAGGAUACCUCACUACAUUGGAGCUGGAAAGCGGUUUCAUCUCAAACGAAGACAGCAAGCAGAAACUAGUCCCGCUAAUGACCAUUAUUCUAGAGGAGCUGAAUGCCCGUGGAGAGUGCUCGUUACCAAUAGAUGAAUCCAAUACCAUUCACCUGAAAGUGAUCACCCAACGGAGAGACCAGCCUGUGGUGCAGGAGUAUGAUGUUCCAGUAUUCACUGAGUGUAAAGAAGACUUUAUUAAAAUCCACUGGGAUCUGACAACACAGCAGAUUUUACCAUACAUUGAUGGGUUCCGUCACAUCCAGAAGAUUUCUGCUGAGGCAGAUGUGGAGUUGAACUUGGUGCGAAUUGCAGUGCAGAAUUUACUGUACUAUGGAGUUGUGACCUUAGUUCCUAUAUUCCAGUAUUCCAAUGUGUACUGUCCAACUCCUCGGGUGCAGGAUCUGGUAGAUGACAAAUCCUUGCAGGAAGAGUGCCUAGUAUAUGUCACCAAACCAGGACACAAGCGUGCCAGUCUGCGUGAUGUAUUUCAGCUUUACUGUGGGCUCAGUCCUGGCACUACAGCACGAGAUCUCUGCUCCCGCUAUGCUCAACAGCUUCAACGUGUGGACGAGAGAAAGUUGAUUCAGUUUGGUCUGAUGAAAAAUCUAAUUCGGCGACUACAUAAGUAUCCGGUGAAGAUCAACCGAGACGAGAGAAGCCGGCCGCCUCGUCUCUACACUGGUUCACACAGCUAUGAUGAAAUCUGCUGCAAAACAGGAAUUAGCUACAAAGAAUUGGAUGAGAGGCUAGAGAAUGACUCUAAUAUCAUUGUGUGCUGGAAAUGAGAGUACAGCAAGUGGCACAACUGCUGGAUGUCGCACGGGUGUAAAGUUGACCAAGAGUUUCUAAGCUGAAGAUCAGUUUUGCGAGGAGUGUGAAAAAGUAAUAGAUGGUUCAGACUUGGGUAGUGUAAGCUGUACUGGUUUUCAGUAAUGAUAAACUGUUCUGAGUCUCCUAGAUUAACUUAAAAAUAGGUAAGGAAUGUGUGACACCAUUUUUCCUUAAAUAGAUUGUGAUCUGUAACUUAAGAGAUUUUGUGUUUAUAUUAAUAUCAUCCUUACCCUAAUCCUCCUCCUGUGUGCAUGCAUCUCAUCAUGAGUAUCAAGGAAAGAGCUGACCCAUCCACCAUGGUUGAUUCAAAUCUUUCCUUCUCCAAUCAUUUAAAAUUCUUUGGUGAAACAUUCCUUCGCUAGCCUGUUACUUAUCGUGUAUAAUACCAAUUACUACGUAACCUGUGGUAACCAAGUUGAGUCCCCAAUCUGCACUGCUUUAGCUGAUCUCAGUUGGUGGUACUUUGAGUGGUCUUGGUGCCCCAGGGUGUGGUCUAUCCAUGGUCACCUGCUGUCAAAGCAUAUGUGUGUGUUGAUGAGAUCAAAUAAUUUGUGAUGGAUUCACAGUUGAACUUCUUGCCAGCAUUGAAAAAUGACCCUUUUGAAUGUGUUCCUGCUGAGCUCAGUAUAUUUGAACCAUUGCUCUGCAAAUCAGUGCCUUCGUGAGAAUAGAAAUGUACAAAUCUGUACAGAUGGUUAUGACUAGUUUUGG